AUGCCGGAAUCAAGAAACUCCGGUGACAGCCAAAGAAACUCCGAGGUUGUCAACAUCGAAGAAGAUGAACAUCACGACGAAAUCUCUUAUUCCCAACAAACACCCGAUUUACCAAUUCCCGAAAGCCAAAUCAUCGGUUUAAAGCGUCAUGAUUCCUUAGAUAUCGAGUCUGCUAAAAUUCACAGCCACCACCGUCACAACGACACCAAAGAUUGGGGAAUGACACUAAGGCUAGCAUUUCAAAGCAUCGGGGUGGUUUAUGGCGACAUUGGGACGUCGCCAUUGUAUGUGUAUGCGAGCACUUUUAGCGAUGGAAUCAAACACGAAGACGACAUUUUGGGUGUUUUGUCCAUCAUAUUUUACACUAUUACGUUAAUUCCAGUAAUUAAGUACGUUUUGAUCGUAUUGCAUGCCAACGAUAACGGAGACGGGGGUACUUUUGCAUUGUACUCGAAAUUAUGUCGAUAUGCGAAGGUAGGUUUAAUCCCGAGCGAGCAAGCAGAGGACCGAGAGGUUUCCAACUUCCGACUUGAAUUGCCGGCCAAAAAUAAUGCAAUAUCGUCAAAGCUCAAGAAAAGUCUCGAGAGUAGUCGGUUCUCCAAGUUUUCUCUUUUGUUCAUCGCGAUGCUCGGGACAUGUAUGGUUAUCGGUGAUGGCAUCCUCACUCCCUCCAUAUCCGUUUUAUCAGCAGUAUCAGGGCUAAAGAAAGCAACAGAUACCAUGACAGAAAGGGUGAUCGUUGUGGUAUCGGUUGUUAUCUUAAUAACGUUAUUCGUGGUUCAAAGGUUUGGGACCGACAAAGUUGGCUACUCUUUUGCCCCGAUAAUUUGUGUCUGGUUCGGACUCAUUACCGUAAUCGGUAUCUACAAUUUCAUCAAGUUCGACCCUUCUGUCGCCAAAGCCAUAAACCCUAAAUACAUCAUCGAUUACUUCAAACGAAACAAAAAAGAUGCUUGGAUUUCACUUGGAGGCACUGUCCUCGCCAUUACAGGAACUGAGGCGAUGUUUGCUGAUCUUGGUCACUUUUCGGUUAAAUCGAUACAAAUAAGCAUGGGUUGUGUCGUUUAUCCGGCCUUGAUCACAUCGUAUAGUGGUCAAGCUUCGUGGCUAAGAAAGCACAAAGACAAUGUAGCCGAUACGUUCUAUAAGUCGGCUCCGGAGGUCAUGUAUUGGUUGGUUUUUGUGAUGGCUGUUAUGGCGGCGAUUGUAGCAAGUCAAGCGAUGAUAUCCGGGACUUUCUCGAUCAUCAAACAGUCGCUCUCGCUCGGGUGCUUUCCUCGUGUUACAGUCGUGCAUACUUCGGCUGAGUAUGAAGGACAAGUUUUCAUACCGGAAAUGAACUAUCUUCUUAUGAUUGGUUGCGUUCUUGUCACCGUUACAUUCAGAACUACCGAAAAUAUCGGCCAUGCUUACGGUAUUGCGGUGAUAUUUGCGGAGACACUAACUUCGUUUUUCAUGGUGGUAAUGAUGCUCGUCAUAUGGAAAACGAACCUACUUCUCGUGGUCUUAUAUGUUCUUGUGAUUAGCUCCACGGAAUACAUCUAUUUAAGCUCGGUUUUGUACAAAUUCAGCGAAGGCGGAUACUUGCCAUUUUCAUUUGCAGUCGUGCUUAUGUUCAUAAUGUGCACUUGGAACUAUGUUUAUCGAGCAAAAUACAACUACGAGCUCGAUAACAAAGUGUCACAAGAAGUCAUAAAAGACGUGGUUUCGGGCUCAGAUAUCAGUCGUAUUCCCGGACUCGCAAUUUUUUACUCCGAGCUCGUCCAUGGCAUUCCCCCAAUCUUUAAACAUUAUGUCGACAAUGUGCCUGCUUUACAUUCAGUUCUCGUGUUCGUUUCCAUUAAGUCGUUGCCGAUAAGUAAGGUGGCGCCAGAAGAGAGGUUCUUGUUCCGAAGAGUGAAGCCAAAUGAGCUUUAUGUUUUUAGAUGCGUGGUGAGGUACGGGUACAUGGACGUACGCAACAAAAAGGAGUCGUUUGAGAAGAUUUUGAUCGAACACUUGGCGGAUUUCAUCGAAUCGAAUCAUGAAGUUUCUGAAGCACAACAUGAUUUGGUGGUAGUAGAAAACGCUUGGCGAGCGGGUGUGGUGCAUUUGGUGGGGGAGCACGAGAUCGUGUCGAGAUCGGGGUCGUCGAUUGGGAAGAGGUUCGUGAUCGAUUAUGUUUACCAUUUCGUGAAUAAGAACUCGAGGCAAAGCGAAAGCGUGUUCGAAAUUCCACAUAAAAGGAUGUUGAAGGUCGGAAUGACUUACGAGCUUUAA